UUAUUUCCAUAAGUCGUCUGCAACAAUAUAUGCAAAAUUUGACAGCGUGAAUUAUAAACAUGGCGGCAUCCACAGAGGAUUCAGUGGAUGACCGAAAAAUAUGCAAAAUAUUAAUUAUCGGAGCCGGAAUGGCUGGACUGUCAGCCGCUAAUCAUUUGUUGAAAAAUUCCGAACCUGAUUUUCUAAUUCUUGAAGCGCGUGAACGUAUAGGGGGACGUAUUGUCUCGACACAAGUUGGAAAUGAAAAAGUGGAAUUGGGUGCCAAUUGGAUCCACGGAGUCCUGGGGAAUCCAAUUUUUGAAUUGGCGAUGGCAAAUGGACUGAUUGAUAUAAUAAAUGUACCGAAACCGCAUAAAGUUGUUGCCACAAUGGAAGAUGGUAAACAAUUGCCAUUUCCAAUUUUAGAGGAAAUCUACGAGGCUUACGUGUGUUUUUUAAGGCGUUGCGAGGAGUAUUUUUUGAGUUCUUACAGUCCACCGGAGGGAAUUAAUAGCGUUGGUGCACACGUUUCACUAGAGGUCGAGCUCUAUUUAUCGUCAUUACCACCAGAGAAUCGAAGAAUUCGACAAUUAUUAUUUGAUUGUUUGCUCAAACGAGAGACAUGUAUUACUGGCUGUGAUAGUAUGGAGGAAGUUGAUCUUUUGGAAAUGGGAUCUUACGCUGAAUUACAGGGAGGUAACAUUAGUCUUCCCUGUGGUUACAGUUCAAUUUUGGCGCCUGUCGCAAAACAUAUUCCACGAGAUCGCAUUCUCUCUCGACAUCACGUCACAAAAAUCAGAUGGCGAACGAAGGAUCCUGGCGAGAACGAGAAAAAUACCCUAAUUCAAGUCGAAUGUGAGAAUGGAAAAAAAAUCGAAGCCGAACAAUUAAUAUGCACAUUACCAUUAGGUGUUCUCAAGGAGAAAGCUCAAGAAAUAUUCGAUCCACCAUUGCCAAUUUAUAAACUACAAGCAAUUGAUCGUCUCAUGUUUGGUACUGUCGAUAAAAUAUUUCUCGAAUACGAAAGACCAUUUUUAAAUCCAGGAAUUUCGGAAGUUAUGCUCCUUUGGGACGAUAGAAAAUUAACCGACGAGGAAAAGCAAGAUUUAAGUAAAACGUGGUACAGGAAAAUUUAUUCAUUUACAAAAAUAUCGGAUACACUUCUUCUCGGUUGGAUAUCGGGUAAAGCCGCUGAAUAUAUGGAGAAAUUGAGCACAACAGAAGUAUCGGAUGUUUGUACAACGAUAUUGAGACGAUUUUUAAAUGAUCCCUAUAUUCCCGUUCCGAAAGGUUGUUUAAGAACAAGUUGGCAUUCACAGCCAUUUACAAGGGGUUCCUACACGUCAAUGGCAAUUGGCGCGAGUCAAAUUGAUAUUGAGAGUCUCGCUCGACCUCUCAUUGAACCAAAUGAGACAAAAGUGAAAAUUGCAUUUGCCGGUGAACAUACGCAUUCGUCAUUUUACAGCACUGUUCAUGGUGCUUAUCUCACGGGAAGAACUGCUGCCCAAUUAUGCCUUGAAACUAGAAAAAAAAAUGAUAAACAACAACAGCUCAGCAUUAAUUGCGAAGAAACCAGUGAUCUUAGCUCCUGGAUACAAGGAAUUUCUUUGCACUAAUAUAUACUUGAGAGCUUCUUAAUUAUUUUUAAACAGCAUUUAAAGAAACGUAAAACGAAUUUCGUAAGGUGUUUUUCAGAAUCAGGAAUUUAAAAAAAAAUUCGCUAAACUUUAAUUAUUUGCGAUUUCAAUCUAUUCGCGACCAGAGAAUAAAGAAAAAGUACUUUUAAUUAUUUUUUAAUCACAGAACAAAAUAGAAACAUUUUAAUUCAUUACGAAUCUAAUUAAAUUUAAAUUUAAUUUAAUUUAAUUUUUUAUCUAUAUUAAAUUUUAAUUCAAAUUCACUCUUAAAUUUUGAAAGUCGUUUUACGUUUAAAUUCAAGUUCUUCUGUGACGAAUUUUGCCAAAAAUUACUUAUAAUUAUUGACAUGAGUUUUAAACUUUUACGUUAUUUGAAAAUACUUCGUUUGUUUUAUUUAAAAGGAUAUUUUCCUUUUUUUCUACUGAAGGUAAAAAAUACUUUUUUUCUAAAUUUAAUUUAAAUAAACAAUUGUACAGAAUAAACUAAUUUUCCUUCUCUUAACUUUUGGCAAAGUUUCGCAACAGAUUAAAAUCAUUUCAUAUUUUCUUUUUGUUCCUUACCUUGUUUUUUUAAAACAAAAAGCUAAAAAAUUUUUGUACACAUUUUUCACCAACUUGCUGUGUUCUCUAAAUAACGCAACGAGUUGAUAAUUUGUAAAUAAUAAUAUAGGUGAUAAUAAUUUUUCCGUGCAUUGUACAUAUAAACAAACAAAUUUGCCUAUUUCUAAGUUUAAUGUGCAUUUUUUUAAAUAUAGAAUAGAUAAUUUAUUCUUAAUGAAAUAAUGCUAAAAUACUAAAUAUCGUCGCAAUAAAAUGCAAAGAAAAAAAAAGAUGUGAUAUAUACAAAAUGUCAGAAGAAAUAGUUAAUUCUUUUUUCUGGCAUCACUUCGAUAAUUUGGACAAUUAUUUGUAAUUGUUUUUAUUUGCAAAGAUUUUCUAGUCGAUUGAAUAAUUUAUCAUUAAGUCUCGAAUUUUCAUCAUGUUAAGUUUUCUCGUAAAUUAAAAAAGUGAAGAAAGCUUUAAAAGAAAUUGUAAAAAAAAGAAUAGAAAAAUCCGCAGAAAAUGAUCAUGUCUUAAAAUUGUAA